AUGGCUGUCGUCGACGCUAAUUUACAAUUUAUAACAAUCGAUGUCGGAGCAUACGGCAAGGAAGAACCAGCUUUAUUACCAGAAACAGAAAGCAACCCUCAACCUUAUGUUUUUAUUGGUGAUGAAGCAUUUGCGCUCCAUACACACUUGUUAAGGCCUUAUCCUGGACGAAAUCUCACAGAUAUUCGUAGAGUGUUCAAUUAUAGGUUAUCCAGGGCACGUCGUAUGGUAGAGUGUGCAUUUGGUGUAUUGGCUAACAAAUGGCGAGUAUUGCACACUCCCAUUCAAGUAGAACCCGAUUUUACGGAUGAUAUUAUAAAGGCAUGUUGUGUCUUACACAAUUUCGUACGUAAAAGAGAUGGAACCAAUUUUGGAAACUCAGAAACAAUCUCGCUUGAAGAUAUUGAAGUUCAUGGAACUGGGACACGAUCUCAAGGUAUUGAGGUGAGAGAUUUUUUUUCAAAUUAUUUUAUUGGUCCAGGAGCCGUUCCUUUUCAGAACUCAAAAUAA